GAGCCUUCCUCUGCUGACAGAUCGAAGCCCGAGCCACACUCCUGCAGAGUACGGCAUGAAGAUAGAUCGCAGAGAUACUGAUCUUGACAUGCUGCGAUGUAUGAUAGGAAGAGUGUACCGGCCCUGCUGGGAAGCAUGAGCAUCAUUAAUGAAUGUUUUGGAAGUACACGCAACAUGCAGGAGGACUCCAGCCACAGUCCCAGCUACACGGUUCCAUGUGAGGACUAUGUUCAUGUGGUGGAGUUCAGUCCCUUCAGCUCCGGUACCCCUGCCUCUCUCCUGGCCUAUGGUGGAAACCAGUAUGUGGUGGUGGGCACCUGUCUCUUCCAGGAGGAGGAUGUCGAGGUGGAGGGAGUUGAAUUCAAUGUUCUUCGAGCCUUUCACCAUGAAUUGCGUGUUGAUGCUCUAGCCUGGAGCCCUGAGUCUCGGCUGGACAGGAUACCCACUAUCAGAUUGUGCACAGCUGCAGCUGACCGAAAGCUACGCCUGCUGACUUCUGAUCUUCAGGAUAGGCAUGAAGUCAAGGUGAUGGAGGGCCACACCAGCUACAUUAACCAUUUGGUGUUCGAGCCCACGGAGGGGAAACAAAUUGCUUCCGUCAGUGAUGACCACACUUGCAGGGUGUGGGACCUGGAUGGAAAUGAAAGUGCUACUUUCAGGCUUCGCUCUCCUGGCAUCAGUGUGUGCUGGCACCCAGAGGAAGUUUUUAAGUUAAUGGUGGCAGAGAAGAAGGGGACCAUUCGUUUCUACGACUUGGUCACCCAGCAGGCCAUCCUGUCGCUGGAGAGCGAACCGCUCAUGUCGGCCGACUGGUGCCUCACCAACACAAUCAAAGUCGGUGGGGUGUCAGGCACCGACUGGCUGAUCUGGGACAUAACUCGGUCCAGUUACCCACAAGAAAAAAGACCGGCUCACAUUGAUAAAGCACGGCUAUUCAGGUGGUCUCGAGCCAAUGAAAACCUCUUUGCUACCACUGGAUGUCCAGGAAAGAUCAACACUCAGCUGCUCAUCCACCAUCUCGGCCACCCGCAGCCGGUGAUGAUCGGGUCGGUGACCGUCGGAUCGGGCCUCAGUUGGCACCGGACGCUGCCGCUCUGUGUGGUCGGCAGUGACAGGAAGCUUUGCUUUUGGAUGACUGAGAUGUAGGCAUCUGUGGUGGAAACUUAAGUCCUGUUUCUGUUUGUGCUCAAUAAAAUAUUUUUCCAAGUA